UGGCUGUGGAUGAGCUCUCUGCUAAUAUCGGCUUGAGAGGCACAGCAUCGCGUUUCUGCCGGCAGUCAGUGGUGGCUUCCAGAGUCUGAGCAGGCUCCUUCACAGCCAUGGCUGAGGGCGGAGAAGGGGAAGAUGAGAUCCAGUUCUUGAGAACUGAUGAUGAGGUGGUGCUCCAGAGUGCAGCCACCAUCCAGAAGGAGCAUCGUAAGUUCUGCCUCGCUGCUGAGGGACUUGGAAACCGCCUGGGUUACCUGGAAUCUACAUCGGAAGCCAAGUAUGUUCCUCCAGACAUGUGUGUUUGUAACUUUGUGUUGGAGCAGUCCCUGUCAGUGCGGGCCCUGCAGGAGAUGCUGGCUAACACUGGACAGAACAGCGAAGGGAGUGCUGACCUUGAAAAAUGGGCAGGUCAGGGGGGUGGACACCGGACACUGCUCUACGGUCAUGCCAUCCUCCUACGCCACUCCUUCAGUGGCAUGUACUUGACCUGUUUGAAGACGUCAAGGUCUCUGACAGACAAGCUGUCAUUUGAUGUUGGACUACAAGAAGAUUCAAUAGGUGAGGCCUGCUGGUGGACUAUUCACCCUGCUUCCAAGCAGAGAUCUGAGGGAGAGAAAGUCCGCAUCGGAGAUGACCUGAUUCUUGUCAGCGUGUCAACAGAGAGAUACCUGCAUCUUUCUAUCUCCAACGGCAACAUUCAGGUGGAUGCCUCCUUCAUGCAGACCUUGUGGAAUGUCCAGCCCACUUGUUCUUCAAGCAACAUGGCUGUAGGGUAUUUGAUUGGUGGCCAUGUGUUGCGUCUCUGUCAUGGGCACGAUGAGAGCUUGACCAUCCCUGGAGCAGACAAGAGUGAAGAAGAACAGAGGAUAGUCAACUACGAGGCGGGGAAGGGAGCAUCAAAAGCCCGCUCACUGUGGAGACUUGAGCCUCUCAGGAUCAGCUGGAGUGGUAGCCACAUCCGGUGGGGCCAGGCCUUCCGUCUACGACAUCUCUCUACUGGCCAUUAUCUAGCCUUGACUGAUGACCGUGGACUGGUCCUGCAGGAUAGAGAGAAGUCUGACACCAAGGCCACUGCUUUUUGCUUUCGGGCUUCCAAGGAAAAGGGUGAUUCUGGCCCAAAGAGGGACAUUGAUGGCAUGGGAGCACCAGAAAUCAAGUAUGGAGACUCUGUCUGCUUUGUCAUGCACAUGGCGACAGGACUGUGGCUUUCUUACCAGGCACCUGAUGCAAAAUCAUCUCGUCUUGGUCCCCUGAAAAGAAGGGCCUGCCUACAUUCUGAAGGCCACAUGGAUGAUGGGCUCAUCCUCCAGCGCUGUCAGCAUGAAGAGUCUCGGGCUGCACGCAUCAUCCGUAACACCACUUUCCUCUUCACCAACUUCAUCAAAGCUUUGGACAGCACUGCAGAGGGUGAGUCCAUGGCAGUCGCCGGAUACGUUGAAGAGGUGCUGCAGACGUUGAACGAUCUCAUUGAAUACUUUAAGCAGCCUGAUUCAGAGUUGGAGCACGAGGAGAAACAGUGUCUUCUUCGUUCACUCAUCAAACGUCAAGACCUCUUCAAAGAGGAGGGUAUGCUGACCCUCCUGUCCAAGUGCAUUGACCGGAUGAACCUGUACAACAGUGCAGCCCAUUUUGGAGAGAUGGCCGGGGAGGACGCGGGUGCAGCAUGGAAGGACAUCCUCAACCUCCUCUAUGAACUCUUGGCUGCGCUCAUUCGUGGAAAUAGGAACAACUGCACCCAGUUUUCCCGGAACUUGGACUGGUUGAUCAGCAAACUGGACAGGCUGGAGUCUUCCUCAGGAAUCCUGGAAGUCCUCCACUGUAUCUUGGUAGAAAGCCCGGAGGCUCUGAACAUCAUCCAGAGAGGGCACAUUAAAUCCAUCAUCUCUCUGCUCUACAAGCAUGGACGUAACCAUAAGAUUCUGGAUGUCCUCUGUUCCCUCUGUGUUUGCAAUGGGGUGGCAGUGAGAGCCAAUCAGAAUCUGAUCUGUGAUAACCUGCUUCCCAGGAGGGACCUGCUGCUUCAGACUCGACUGGUCAAUGAUGUUCAGAGUAUGAGGCCAAAUAUCUUCCUGGGCAUUGCUGAUGGUUCAGCUCAGUAUAAGAAGUGGUAUUUUGAACUAGUCAUUGACCAGGUGGACCACUUUGUAACUGGAGAGCCGACCCACUUGAGGGUGGGCUGGGCCAACACUAAAGGCUACGCUCCUUAUCCUGGUGGAGGAGAAGGGUGGGGAGGCAAUGGUGUUGGGGAUGACCUGUACUCCUACAGUUUUGAUGGACUUCAUCUCUGGUCAGGCCGAAUCCCGAGGGCUGUGGCCUCCAUUAACCAGCACCUGCUGAACUCAGAUGAUGUGGUCAGCUGCUGUCUGGAUUUGGGUGCUCCCAGCAUGUCCUUCAGGAUCAAUGGGCAGCCUGUCCAGGGCAUGUUCGAGGACUUCAACACUGACGGAUUCUUCUUCCCCGUUGUCAGCUUCUCUGCAGGUGUCAAGGUUCGUUUCCUGUUGGGUGGACGCCAUGGAGAUUUCAAAUUCUUGCCACCCGCUGGUUACUCUCCAUGUUAUGAAGCACUGUUGCCCAAGGAGAAAAUGCAUGUAGAGCCUGUGAAGGAGUACAAGAGGGACCAUGAGGGGGUCCGUGAUCUGCUGGGAACUACCCAGUUCCUCUCUCAGGCCUCCUUCAUCCCCACUCCUGUUGACACCAGUCAGAUUGUUCUUCCCCCUCACCUAGACAACAUCCGGGACAAGUUGGCAGAAAACAUUCAUGAACUGUGGGGGAUGAACAAGAUUGAACUGGGUUGGACCUAUGGCAAGGUUCGUGAUGACAAUAAGAGGCAGCACCCUUGCCUUGUGGAUUUUGCAAAGCUGCCUGAAACUGAAAGGAACUACAACCUGCAGAUGUCUAGUGAAACACUUAAAACCCUGUUGUCACUGGGCUGCCAUGUUGCCCAGGUUAAUGUUCAUGCGGAAGAUGAUCUCAAGAAAGUCAAACUACCCAAAGACUACAUGAUGUCUAAUGGAUAUAAGCCUGCGCCACUGGAACUCUCUGACGUGAAACUGACGGCAGGUCAGGAGGUUCUAGUUGAUAAACUGGCCGAAAAUGCACAUAACGUGUGGGCCAAAGACAGAAUUAAACAAGGAUGGACCUAUGGCAUCCAGCAGGAUUUGAAGAGCAGGCGUAAUCCUCGCCUGGUGCCAUAUGCUUUACUGGAUGAACGCACUAAGAAAUCUAACAGAGACAGUCUGAGAGAGGCCAUCAGGACUAUGGUUGGAUAUGGAUAUGACAUUGACCCCCCAGACCAAGAGGUUGUGCACGUGUUAGAUGAUCAGAGCAUCGAGACCAUCCGCUUGUUCCGUGUGGAGCAGACGUAUGCGGUGAAAACGGGGAAGUGGUACUUUGAGUUUGAGGCUUUGACUGGAGGAGAUAUGAGGGUUGGUUGGGCCAGACCGGGCUGCAGGCCUGAUGUGGAACUGGGAGGGGAUGACCAGGCCUUCGUCUUUGAUGGAUAUAGGGGUCGACGUAUGCAUGCAGGCAGCCGCUAUUUUGGACAUCCCUGGAAAAAGGGCGACGUGGUUGGUUGCAUGAUCAACAUGGAGGACAAAUCCAUGAUUUUCACCCUUAAUGGAGAGCUCCUCAUUACCAACAAGGGUUCUGAGCUUUGCUUCACUGACUUUGAGACAGAGGAUGGCUUCAUCCCUGUGUGCAGUCUCGGCAUGUCUCAGAUCGGUCGUAUGAACCUGGGCAAGGAUGCCAGUACGUUUAAGUACUACACCAUGUGUGGUCUCCAGGAAGGUUUUGAGCCCUUUGCUGUCAACAUGAAAAGAGAGAUCACAAUGUGGUUCAGCAAGCGCCUGCCCACCUUUUUCAAUGUACCCCUGGAACACAUGCAUAUUGAGGUGACGAGGAUCGACGGAACAGUAGACAGCCCUCCAUGUCUUAAGGUCACCCACAAGACAUAUGGCACCCAGAACAGCAACAGUGACAUGGUUUACUGUCGACUCAGCAUGCCUGUGGAGUUCUACUCUUCAGACAAGUUACUGGAUGAAUCACUGAAACUCAGCCAUCCUCCAAAAGAAGAUGGAAGUAUUGACUAUGGAAGCAUUACAACUUAUUACCACUCAGUGAGAGUGUUUGCUGGACAGGACCCCUCCUCAGUGUGGAUUGGCUGGGUCACACCUGACUAUCAUUACUAUAGCAAGAACAUCAGCCUCAGCAAAAUGCGAACAGUCACUGUCACCCUGGGAGAUGAAAGGGGCCGGGUCCAUGAGAGUGUUCAGAGGAGUAACUGCUACAUGGUGUGUGCAGUCGACGCAGUUGGCCCAUCUUCCUCUAGCCGCUCCAACUCUGACCUGGAGAUCGGCUGUCUGAUUGACCUGGCCACUGGCCUCGUCUCCUUCACUGCCAAUGGCAAGGAACUAUCUACAACCUAUCAGGUGGAGCCAAAUACCAAGCUCUUCCCAGCUGUGUUUGUACAGCCCACCAGCGCAAACCUCUUCCAGUUUGAAUUUGUCAGGAUCAAGGAUGCCAUGCCGCUCUCAGCAGCUAUAUUCAAGAGUGAGCACAGGAACCCAGUGCCACAGUGUCCGCCACGACUGGAUGUGCAGACUAUCGUGGCUGUGAUGUGGAGCCGAAUGCCGAAUACCUUCCUCAGUGUGGAGACAGCUCGGGUCAGUGAAAGGCAUGGCUGGGUGGUCCAGUGUCUGGAACCUCUGCAGAUGAUGGCCGUGCAUAUACCUGAAGAGAACAGGUGUUUGGACAUCAUGGAGUUAUCUGAGCAUGAAGACCUAAGGAAGUUCCACUACCACACACUGAAGUUGUACUGCGCCCUCUGUGCACUGGGAAACACUCGUGUAGCUCAUGCCCUCUGCAGCCAUUUGGACCAGUCACAGAUUCUCUACACCAUCGACAACCAGUACCUCUCUGGCAUGCUGAGAGAGGGUUUCUACAAUGUCCUUAUCAGCAUCCAUCUUGAGACGGCAAAGGAGGCUCGCCUAAUGAUGAACAACGAGUUCAUUAUCCCUGUGACGGACGAGACGCGUUCCAUCAAGCUGUUCCCUGACGAGUCAAAGCGGCAUUCUCUUCCUGGCGUGAGCUUGAGCACCUCCCUCAAACCUCGCGUCAACUUCUCCCCUGUCGGCAUCAUCAACACCAAACGCCACCAGUUUCUCUACAGCCCACAGAUCCCACUGGGCAUCCUGAAAGAAAAAGCUAUCAGCAUGCUUACGGAGGCCGUGCAAGGUGGAGGGAUCCACAUCCGAGACCCAGUAGGUGGGAGUGUUGCGUACCAGUUUGUUCCCAUUCUGAAACUCAUUGGAACACUGUUGAUCAUGGGUGUCCUGACCAGUGAGGAGGUGAGGCUGAUUCUCCUCUUGAUUGACCCCAAUGUGUUUGGGGAGGCAAAAGAGAACGAGGAAGUGAAAGGGGAUGAGGUGGCUGUAGCUGGAGAGAAGGAGGAGGUGAGCAAGAAUGAGGAGAAGGCUGUGGAGGCAGGAGAGGAGGAGACCAAAGAGAGCAAACCGCCCAUCAAAGGCCUGCUGGAGAAGUCACUGCCUGAGUCUGUCAAACACCAGAUGUGUGAGCUGCUGCACUACUUCUGUGACUGUGAGCUGAAGCACCGCAUCGAAGCCAUCGUGUCUUUCUCUGACAGCUAUGUUUCCAAGCUGCAGUACAAUCAGAAGUUCCGCUACAAUGAGCUAAUGCUGGCUCUCAACAUGUCGGCUGCCGUCACUGCCAAGAAGACUAAAGAAUUCCGUUCACCGCCACAUGAGCAGAUCAACAUCCUGUUAAACUUCAGUGCAGGAGAGGACUGUCCCUGCCCUGAGGAGAUCCAGGAUGAGCUCAACGCCUUCCAUGAAGAAUUGCGACUGCACUGUGGAAUUCCAAUAGAGGAGGAAGAGGAAGAGCAGGACACUUCUAUAAAAGGCCGUCUCCUUGCUUUGCUCUACAAGAUCAAGGGCCCACCUCAGAAAACAGAAAAGGAACCCACAGAGACAGAACAAGCUGCCCCGACCAACCUGAAGGAGCUGAUCUCCCAAACCAUAACCAGCUGGGCUCAGGAGUCUCACAUCCAGGACCCAGAGCUGGUCAGAGUGAUGUUCAGCCUGUUGAGGAGGCAGUAUGAUGGCAUUGGUGAACUGCUCCGGGCCAUGAAGAAAUCCUACACCAUCAGUGCCGCAUCUGUGCAGGAUGCUAUUAACCUGUUGGCAUCUCUGGGUCAAAUCAGGUCUCUGCUGUCAGUGCGAAUGGGAAAAGAGGAGGAGAAACUCAUGAUUGAUGGCCUCGGUGACAUUAUGAACAAUAAAGUUUUCUAUCAACACCCCAAUCUGAUGAGAGUGCUGGGCAUGCAUGAGACAGUCAUGGAGGUCAUGGUCAACGUCCUGGGGGGAGACAAGUCACAGGAAAUCGCCUUCCCCAAGAUGGUGGCCAGCUGUUGUCGUUUCUUGUGCUAUUUCUGUCGUAUUAGUCGCCAGAACCAGAAAGCUAUGUUUGACCAUCUGAGCUACCUGCUAGAGAACAGCAGCGUCGGACUGGCCUCUGAAGCUAUGCGGGGCUCUACUCCACUGGAUGUUGCAGCAUCUUCAGUGAUGGACAACAACGGCUUGGCUCUGGCCCUGGAGGAGCCUGAUCUGGAGAAGGUAGUGACAUACCUGGCAGGAUGUGGUCUUCAGAGCUGUGCCAUGCUGGUUGCUAAGGGUUACCCAGACCUGGGCUGGAACCCCAUAGAGGGAGAGCGCUACCUGUCGUUCCUGAGGUUUGCUGUGUUCUGCAAUGGUGAGAGUGUGGAGGAAAAUGCCAAUGUGGUGGUGAAGCUGCUGAUCAGACGUCCAGAGUGUUUUGGCCCUGCCCUGAGGGGAGAGGGAGGACAGGGUCUGCUGGCUGCCAUGAAGGAAUCCAUCAAAAUUUCUGAGGAUCCUGCCCUGGACCUGCCGAAGACCCCUGAUGGAGUCACUACUGGGUCUGGUGAGGAAGAAGGAGAAGUUAUUCACAUGGGCAAUGCUAUCAUGUCCUUCUACUCUGCCCUUAUUGACCUGCUGGGACGCUGCGCUCCUGAAAUGCAUCUUAUCAAUGCAGGUAAAGGUGAGGCACUGCGUAUCAGAGCCAUUCUGCGCUCUCUGGUUCCCACUAAUGACCUGGUGGGCAUCAUCAGCAUCCCCCUCAAAAUGCCUGUUAUUAAUAAAGAUGGCACAGUGACAGAGCCCGACAUGUCAGCUUGUUUCUGUCCGGACCACAAGGCCCCCAUGGUGCUCUUCCUGGACAGAGUGUACGGCAUCGAGGACCAGAGCUUCCUGCUCCAGAUGUUGGAGGUUGGAUUCCUGGCUGACCUUCGAGCCUCUGCAUCUCUGGAUACAGAGGUGUUGAGCACCACAGAGACAGCAUUGGCCAUGAACAGGUACAUCGGCUCGGCUUUACUGCCUCUGCUGACCCGCUGUGCAGCUCUCUUUGGCAACACAGAGCACCACGCACAGCUGGUUGACUCUACAUUGCAGACUAUCUACCGGCUUUCCAAAGGCCGCUCACUCACCAAAGCCCAAAGGGACACCAUUGAGGAAUGUCUGCUCGCGAUCUGCAAGCAUAUUCGUCCCUCUAUGAUGCAGCAGCUGCUCAGACGACUAGUGUUCGACGUUCCUAUGCUCACUGAAUACUGCAAGAUACCUCUCAAGCUGCUGACAAACCACUAUGAGCAGAACUGGAAGUACUAUUGCCUCCCGUCUGGUAUGGGCAGCUUUGGCAUAGCCUCUGAGGAGGAGCUACUUCUUACCAAGAAACUCUUCUGGGGAAUCUUUGACUCCCUUUCUCAGAAGAAAUAUGAUGCUGAACUUUUCAAAAUGGCCAAGUCAUGCCUGUGUGCCAUCGCUGGAGCCCUGCCUCCAGACUUUGUGGAUACCAGUUUAGGGGCAACACUGGAGAAACAGGCAUCAGUGGAUGCACAGGGCAACUUUGAUCCCAAGCCCAUCAACACUGCCAAUAUCUCCCUUCCUGAAAAAUUUGAGUACAUUGCCAACAAAUACGCAGAGCAUUCCCAUGACAAGUGGUCCUCAGAGAAGAUGUCAGCAGGCUGGAAACAUGGAGACAAUGUGGAUGAACAGGCCAAGAGCCACCCACUACUAAAGCCAUACAAAGCUUUGAGUGAGAAGGAAAGAGAAACUUACCGUUGGCCAGUGAAAGAAUCAUUGAAAAGCAUGUUGGCUAUGGGCUGGAACAUUGAGAGGACCAAGGAGGGAGAAGCUAUGUUCCAACAACGAGAAAGUGAAAAACAGAGAAAGAUCUCAGAGUCUCAGGUUAAUGGAUUCAGUCCUGCUCCAAUAGAUCUGCACAAUGUCACUUUGUCUAGAGAGUUACAGGGCAUGGUGGAGGUGGUUGCAGAAAAUUACCAUAACAUCUGGGCCAAGAAGAAGAAAUCUGAACUUGUUAGCAAAGGAGGAGGGACCCAUGCACUGCUGGUUCCCUAUGACACCCUGACCGCUAAAGAGAAGUACAGAGACAGAGAGAAGGCCCAGGAGCUCUUCAAGUUCCUGCAAAUUAGUGGCUACACUAUCAUAAGGGGUCUAAAGGACAUGGAGCAGGACUCAUCAUCCAUGGAAAAACGUUUCUCCUACAAAUUCCUCAAGAGACUGCUGAAGUAUGUUGACUCUGCCCAAGAGUUUAUUGCUCAUCUUGAGGCUAUGGCUACCAGUGGGAAGACAGACAAAUCACCCCAUGACCAGGAGAUCAAGUUCUUUGCUAAGGUGUUGCUUCCCCUGACUGAUCAAACCUUUAAGAACCACUGUCUCUACAUUUUGUCCACGCCUAGCAAGAACCUGAGCAGCUGUGGCUGUGCCUCUAACAAGGAGAAGGAGAUGGUUACCAGCCUGUUCUGUAAACUGGCAGCUCUUGUCAGACACAGGAUUUCUCUCUUUGGGAGUGAUUCGGCAAUGAUGGUGAGCUGUCUGCACAUCCUCACUCACUCACUUGACACCAGAACAGUGAUGAAGUCUGGCUCAGAGCUGGUCAAAGCUGGGUUUAGGACUUUCUUUGAGAAUGCAGCAGAGGACCUGGAGAAGUUGCUGGAAAUGCUGAAACUGGGGAAGUUCUUGCAGUCCCGUGCCCAGAUGAAAAGCGUCACUCAGAGCAUCAACUAUGUGACUGUGGCACUGCUGCCCAUUCUCACUGCCCUUUUUGAACACAUCAGAACACAUGAGUUUGGAGUGGACUUGCUCGUGGAUGAUGUGCAGCUAUCCUGCUACCGAAUCCUGACAUGUUUCUACUCUUUGGGAACAGGAAAGAAUGUCUUCGUGGAGAGGCAUCUACCAGCGCUCGGGGAAAGUCUGGCAACCCUGGUAGGAGCCAUUCCUGUAGCAUUCCUGGAGCCUCAUCUAAACGCCCACAACCCGCUCUCUGUCUUCAACACCAAGACACCCCGAGAGAGAGCCAUCCUAAGCAUGCCCGACACAGUGGAGGAGAUGUGUCCAGAGAUGCCUCGCCUCGACAGGCUGCUCAAAGAUGUCAACGAUGUCUCUGAGUCCGGCGCUCGCUACAGCGACAUGCCGCAGGUCAUUGAGGUAAUCCUUCCCAUGCUGUGUAACUAUCUGUCCUACUGGUGGGAGAAAGGUCCAGAGAACUCCCCCCCGGAUGCCCAGUGCUGCACCAUGGUGACAUCUGACCACCUCAGCGUCAUUCUGGGAAAUAUACUCAAGAUCCUCAACAAUAAUCUGGGCAUUGAUGACGCCCCUUGGAUGAAGAGAAUUGCAGUCUACUCUCAGCCAAUCAUCUGCAAAGCGGGAGCAGAUUUGCUGAGAACCCACUUUCUGCCAACACUGGAUAAACUAAGGAAAAAGACAGUGAAGGUGGUGGCCGAAGAGGAGCUGCUGAAGGCUGAUGGUAAAGGUGACAACCAGGAGGCAGAACUGCUCAUCUUGGAUGAGUUUGCUGUGCUCUGCAGGGACCUCUACGCUUUCUACCCUAUGCUCAUUCGCUAUGUGGACAACAACAGAUCCAGGUGGCUUAAGGAGCCAGAUGCAGACUCCACUGAGCUCUUUAGGAUGGUGGCUGAGAUCUUCAUCCUCUGGUGCAAGUCACAUAACUUCAAGCGUGAGGAGCAAAACUUUGUGGUUCAAAAUGAGAUUAACAAUUUGGGCUUCCUAACGGGUGAAGGCCAGACGAAGAUGUCUAAGUCAGGUGGGGACCAGGAGAGAAAACACAAGCGCCGCCGUGGUGAAUACUACUCCAUCCCAACAUCUCUAAUCAUAGCUGCCCUGAAGAAGAUGCUCCCUAUUGGCCUCAACAUGUGCACCCCAGGAGACCAGGAGCUCAUUUCUCUGGCCAAGAUUCGCUACAGUCUGAAAGACACAGAUGAUGAAGUGAAGGAGCACUUGCGUCAGAAUAUCCAUCUCCAGGACAAGUCUGAUGAUCCAGCAGUCCAGUGGCAGUUGAACUUGUACAAAGAUGUUGUGGUGAAGAGUGAGGAACCAGCAAACCCAGAACACACAGUAGACAGAGUCCAGAGCAUCUCUGCUGCAGUCUUCCACCUGGAGCAGGUGGAACAACCUCUAAGAAACAAGAAGAUGGUGUGCCAUAAGCUGUUGUCCAAACAGCGUAAGCGUGCUGUUGUGGCUUGUUUCCGUAUGGCUCCUCUCUAUAAUCUACCCAGGCAUCGUGCUAUCAACUUCUUCAUCCCGGCCUAUCAGAGACUUUGGAUAGAGGCAGAGGAGUACUCAUUUGAGGAGAAGCUAGUUCAGGAUCUGGCAAAAACCCCUAUGAAGAUUGUGGAAGAGGAGGAAGAGGAGGUGGCUGAGAUCCAACCUGACCCUCUCCACCAACUCAUCCUCCACUUCAGUCACAAUGCUCUGACAGAGAGAAGUUACUUGGAAGAAGAUCCUUUGUAUAUUGCAUAUGCAGACAUGAUGGCAAAGAGCUGUGCAGAGGAUGAGGAGGAGGAAGAGGAAGAAGGAAAGGAAAAGACAUUUGAGGAAAAGGAGAUGGAAAAGCAGAAGAUCUUGUAUCAGCAGGCUAGAUUGCAUGCUCGUGGGGCUGCUGAAAUGGUGCUGCAGAUGAUAGGUGCCAGUAAAGGUCGUCUGGGCCCCAUGGUGACCUGCACCCUCAAACUGGGCAUCUCCAUCCUAAAUGGAGGCAAUGUGCAAGUUCAGCAGAAAAUGUUAGAUUACUUGAAAGAAAAAAGAGAUGCAGGCUUUUUCAAGAGUCUCUCAGGACUGAUGCAGUCUUGCAGUGUCCUGGACUUGAAUGCAUUUGAGAGGCAGAACAAAGCAGAAGGACUUGGCAUGGUGACAGAGGAAGGUUCAAUCCACACUCAGCGGGGCUCCAAGGUGCUACAGAACGAUGAGUUUACUAAAGAUCUGUUCCGGUUUUUGCAACUUCUGUGUGAGGGGCACAAUGGAGAUUUCCAGAACUUCCUGAGAACACAAACUGGCAACACAACCACAGUCAACAUCAUUAUCAGCACUGUGGACUAUCUGCUCCGUCUUCAGGAAUCGAUUAGUGAUUUCUACUGGUACUACUCUGGCAAAGAUGUAAUUGAUGAGACUGGAAAACUCAACUUCUCAAAAGCUUUAGAUGUAGCCAAGCAGAUAUUCAACUCACUGACUGAGUACAUUCAGGGCCCAUGUAUUGGAAACCAGCAAAGUUUAGCUCACAGCAGACUGUGGGAUGCAGUUGUGGGCUUCUUGCACGUAUUUGCAAACAUGCAGAUGAAGCUGUCCCAGGAUGCCAGUCAGAUUGAGCUGUUGAAGGAGCUGAUGGAUUUACAGAAGGACAUGGUUGUCAUGUUACUGUCUCUGCUUGAGGGUAAUGUGGUGAAUGGAACAAUUGGAAAACAGAUGGUUGACACCCUGGUUGAAUCAUCUAACAAUGUGGAGAUGAUCCUUAAGUUCUUUGAUAUGUUCCUGAAGCUGAAGGAUCUCACAACCUCUGACAACUUCAAGGAGUAUGACCCUGAAUGUAAGGGAAUUAUUUCAAAGAAAGAAUUCCAGAAGUCCAUGGAGAGCCAGAAGCAAUACAGCCAAUCUGAGAUUGAAUUCCUGCUCUCAUGUGCAGAGGCUGAUGAAAAUGACAUGUUCAAUUACAAGGAGUUUGUGGAGCGAUUCCACGAGCCAGCCAAAGACAUUGGGUUUAACGUGGCGGUGCUGCUGACCAACCUUUCUGAGCACAUGCCCCAUGACUCCCGACUUUCCACCUUCUUAGAUCUGGCAGAAAGUGUUCUCAGCUACUUUGAGCCUUACCUGGGUCGUAUUGAAAUCAUGGGCAGUGCAAAGCGAAUUGAGAGGGUUUACUUUGAGAUCAGUGAGUCAAGCCGUGAGCAGUGGGAGAAACCGCAGGUCAAAGAAUCCAAGCGUCAGUUCAUCUUUGAUGUUGUAAACGAGGGCGGAGAGAGCGAGAAAAUGGAGAUGUUUGUGAAUUUCUGUGAGGAUACCAUCUUUGAGAUGCAGCUGGCCUCACAGAUUUCUGAGCCAGAUGUUGUUGAACAGCCUGAAGAGGAGGAAGAGGAGGAUGGAUCCAGUCUCCUGGAUGACCUGGCUGGAGAAGAAGAGGGUGCCCUGGAGUCGGCCUCUGCCUUCACCACGGCAUGUCGCUCAGUCAAGAAGAAGAUCACACAUGUGCGCCAAUGCAUCUCUUUUAAAAACAUACGUAAGCAGUUCAAGAAAAUUAAGAAACUGAGCAUCAGAGAGAUAAUCACAGGCUUCUUCUCGUUCUUCUGGAUGCUCUUCACUGGAUUCUUUAAGGGAAUCUACAGCCUCAUCUUUGGUUUCUUCCACCUCAUCUGGUCUUCCAUGUUUGGCGGCGGGCUAGUAGAGGGAGCCAAGAACAUGAAGGUGACAGAUAUCCUUGGAAACAUGCCUGACCCGACUCAGUUUGGUAUCCAUGGAGACGUGGUAGAAGGAGAGAAAGUGGAGGCUAUAGAGUCAUCAGGAAGUUCAGACAUAGCCAUGGCACCACCGGGGGACAUUGGAGAAGUUGACGUGAUGCUGGAGAUGCUGACAAUGCCUAAAAAAGAAGGAGGAAAACACGUGGAGCCUGGCCUGGGUGAUGUGUCUGAGCUGAGUGCUGAGUCGUCUGCUGCUGAUCACAAGAAGAAAACUGCUGCCAAGCCUGUUGAAACCAAAGAGAGUGAACCAGAGAAAGCAGACACAGAGAACCAGGAAAAGGAGGAUAAACCAAAGGAGGAGGCUAAGGAAGCAGUGGCAGAGGAGAAACCCAAGAUGAAAUCAAGUCAGCCUAAAGAGGCUGCACCUUCCUUUAUGUCGACUAUAUUUGCUGUUCUGGAUGUCUAUAAGAACAAGAUGCUGAACUACCUGGCUCGCAACUUCUACAACCUCCGUUUUCUGGCUCUGUUUGUGUGUUUUGCCAUCAACUUCAUUCUGCUCUUCUAUAAGGUCACUGGUGAAGCUGGAGAAGAAGUGGAUGAAGAGAACACCUGGGGUGGUGGUGAUGAAGAGGACGAUGAGAACACACUCUUUGACAUGGAUGAGUUUGUCCUUCAGGAGAGCACCGGUUACAUGUUACCAACCCUGCGCUUCUUGGCUGUAUUCCACACUGUCAUCUCCCUUGUCUGUCUGGUUGGCUACUACUGUCUGAAGGUUCCUUUAGUGGUUUUCAAGAGGGAGAAAGAAAUUGCCAGGAAGCUUGAAUUUGAUGGUCUUUAUAUCACCGAGCAGCCGUCUGAUGAUGACAUCAAGGGCCAAUGGGAUCGACUUGUCAUCAACACUCCGUCCUUUCCAAGCAACUACUGGGACAAGUUCAUCAAGCGCAAGGUGAUCAACAAAUAUGGUGACCUAUAUGGGGCUGAACGCAUCGCUGAGCUCUUAGGCCUGGAUAAGAGCGCUCUGGACUUUGACCCCACAGUGGAGACUGUUGAGAAGGAAGCUUCUCUGCUCUCCUGGCUGAGCUCCAUUGAUACAAAGUACCACAUCUGGAAAAUGGGCGUGGUUUUGACUGACAAUUACUUCCUCUAUCUGAUCUGGUAUGCCACCAUGUCCAUUUUUGGACACUUCAACAACUUCUUCUUUGCUGCUCAUCUGCUGGACAUCGCCAUGGGCUUCAAGACCCUGCGCACCAUCCUGUCAUCUGUCACUCACAAUGGCAAGCAGCUUGUGCUGACUGUGGGUCUGCUGGCUGUAGUCGUCUAUCUUUACACCGUGGUGGCCUUCAACUUCUUCAGGAAGUUCUACAAUAAGAGCGAGGAUGAAGAUGAGCCCGACAUGAAGUGUGAUGAUAUGAUGACUUGCUAUCUGUUCCACAUGUACGUGGGUGUGAGAGCUGGAGGAGGGAUUGGAGACGAGUUGGAAGACCCAGCUGGAGAUCCCUAUGAACUGUACCGCAUCCUGUUUGACAUCACCUUCUUCUUCUUCGUCAUUGUCAUCCUGCUGGCCAUCAUUCAGGGUUUGAUCAUUGAUGCCUUCGGUGAGCUGAGAGACCAGCAGGAGCAGGUGAAGGAGGACAUGGAGACCAAAUGCUUCAUCUGUGGCAUUGGGAAUGACUACUUUGACCGGACGCCUCACGGGUUUGAAACCCACACCUUACAAGAGCACAACCUAGCCAACUACCUGUUCUUCCUGAUGUACCUUAUUAACAAGGAUGAGACUGAACACACCGGUCAGGAGUCAUAUGUGUGGAAGAUGUACCAGGAGAGAUGCUGGGACUUCUUCCCUACCGGAGACUGCUUCCGUAAGCAAUAUGAGGACCAGCUGGGUUAGAGCGACCAGCCUCGUCCGGUACCCUCAACACCCCUCUCUACUUUCCUUCUAUCUGAAAGAGACACCGAACUUGACUUCACCCUGUUAACAGAACUGAACACACACUGUCACAGUGUCAAAAAAUGUGACAAAGGAAAAAUCUGUAAUUCUGAUAAAAGGAAAAAAAAAAACUGAUACAAAACACAAUGAUUCUACUACUUUUGACUAUGAUUGGACAUUUUGGGUUUGUGAAUUUAAGUCCUUGUUACUGAAUAUAGUCACCUGCCACGACGCCUCUUUAUGCAAAUUCUUUUGAUUCUGAUUCACAUUGCCUUCCCACUUGCUUAACCCCAACGUUUUGCACAAUUUGCUGUGUAGACAUCUGAUAAUUGUGAAGGGUUACAGCAUGACAACUGAAUGUCUGAAUAUGCACAAUUUCUAGGUUAACGCCAAGAUGUUAGUGUCACUUACUACCAAACCAACUGAAUGGAUGUGUGCUGCUAUUGAUCACUAUUGAUCCAGUUAACAUCAAAUGAAAUGUGUGAGACCUGAUCUGCCUUUCAAAGCUGGUUCAAAUCUGUCUGAUGAAAUGAAGAUGGUUCUUCCAGGACCAGAGACGACUCACUUUAGGUGUUUAUCAAGUGCCGAAGUGCCUUAUUAGAAACUAUGCAAAAAAAAAAAAAUCAUUUUUGUCCCUCCUGACACAAGCAGUGCUCUAGUUCUGGAUUAGUUACAAGCAGAUUUAGGUCAAGCUAGUUUUGUGGCUUUUAAAUUUUAAAAAAAGAAACAUUUGUUGUAUAAAAUCUAGAUGAUCCUUGUGUAAAUGUUGCUUAGUUUGGUUUUGUUCCUACACUGUGGUGUCCUGCCCGCCUGCAUUUCUUUCCACAGUAGAAGAACCCCACAACAGAGGAGAAUUAAAAAACAAAACUUGGUUUAAGGAUUUAUUGACGACAAAAUGGUUAAUUGCUAUUGGAUGGCCAUUUGUAUCUAUGUAGUAGCUUUGGUAAACCGCAUUUCUUUUGGUGAGGGGGAGGAAAUGAAUAAAGUAAUUGACGCAAUAAACCAAACGUGUCACCUGUGA